UUGUUAAUAUUUACCAAGAAUCAAAAUCAGGAUUUUGAUGUUUGUCUCAAAAGUUUGUUUUAUUGGUGACAUUAGCCUAACAAUGAAAUUCAUCCAUUAGUGUUAAUAGAGCAGUCAGUCUUCUGCUGAUGAUCAUGAACGUUUUCUUUUGUUUCAGUAUAACAGACACAUCAGUGUUAACAGCUGUUAUUGUUCAGACUGAUAGUUCCUAUUUUCACCUUCUUCAUUAUGCUGAUAUCUUAAUAUCUGAAGAUCUUUGUUUCUGUGUGUCAUAGCUUCUGGAUGAUGCUCAUCUGAGAGGUGAAGUUGGAAGCUGUCCGGUUCAGCUGCCUCUGGCCGUGUCUGGAUGGGUCUUCAAAGAGGAGCUUUGUGAAGAGACCGAGAACACCGAAACUGAACCAAUGAUCACAGACAGCACUGGAGCUGAAGUGAAGGUCAAGCAGGAGCCUUUGGAAGGAUCGCAAACGAAAAAGGCGGAGAUAAUGUUCAGACCAGCCCCCCUGCCCGAGCCUGGUUUGCUACCUGAUUUACUCGAGGUGUGGAAUUACUGCAAAGAGGAGGAGCUUCUCUUCAUGCAGCUCCCUGAUUCGCUGCCAGGGCAACCACCCACCAUUGAUGUCAGGCCUUUAAAAACAGAGGUGCAGUCGAGUGAUGGACAGACUAUGCUGCAGACGACUGAGAACCAGGAGGACUCUCAAGACGAGAACAGUUGUUUUCUUAAGGAUCUGGAGGAGGGUGUGGUGGGGAAGAUGCUUGUAAGAAAGUCAGGCAAAGUGCAGCUUUGUCCAACUCCAUGGGCCUUUCUGCAGGAAUUGGUAUCAGUCAAUACAGAAGGCAGAAGAGGAGAUAUGUCUGUCCUAGGCCACAUUAAACACAAGCUGGUUUGUUCACCCGAUUUCCAGGCUCUUCUAGAAAACAGAGCUUGAGAAUCUGCUGCUGAAACUUCCAAUGUUUCUCUAUGAAGAAACAGCUUCAUACUCCGAACAGUGGGAGAAAAUGUCCCCGUGCCUAGUCACAUAAAAAUGAUUUAUGCUCUUAUUUAUAUAAGAGUUUACAGGUCAUGUGGUAUCCAACAGGGCUUUAUGUGAGACACUCAUGUAUGUACAUAUUGAAGGCUAGUAUAAAUAAGUUUGUAAAAAAAUAGGUUUGAAGUGUAAAAUAUUCAGUUAAUAAAAAGUGCCAUCAAUUGA